AGAUCGAAGAGGUAGAGAACCUGCGGCUGAGGACAGCUGGCGGGGGGAGUGGCCCGGAGAGGAGCUGCCGGGAGUCGGUGCCCUGCAGGUCAUGACACAAGUGGUACAACACAGCCAUGGGAUCUCAGUAUUCCACCUCUGCUCACUCCUCCUCUUGCAAGCGAAAGAAAGAAGAUGACAGGGGAGAUUUGCUGGCUGAACGAGAGCAGGAAGAAGCCAUCGCUCAGUUCCCGUAUGUGGAGUUCACCGGCAGAGAUAGCAUCACCUGUCUCACAUGCCAGGGGACAGGCUACAUUCCAACAGAGCAAGUAAAUGAAUUAGUGGCUUUGAUCCCACACAGUGAUCAGAGAUUACGCCCUCAGAGAACUAAGCAGUAUGUCCUCUUGUCCAUCCUGCUCUGUCUCCUGGCAUCUGGUUUGGUGGUUUUCUUCCUGUUUCCACACUCAGUCCUUGUGGAUGAUGACGGCAUCAAAGUUGUGAAAGUCACAUUUAAUAAACAGGACUCCCUUGUAAUCCUUGCCAUCACGGCCACUCUGAAAAUCAGGAACUCCAACUUCUACCCUGUGGCAGUGACAAACCUAUCCAGCCAGAUUCAGUACAUGAACACGGUGGUUGGCACAUAUGCAACUACUAAUGUCUCCCUCAUUCCACCUUGGAGUGAGCAACUGGUGAAUUUUACCGGGAAGGCUGAAAUGGGAGGACCAUUUUCCUAUGUGUACUUCUUCUGCACAUUACCGGAUAUCCUGGUGCACAACAUAGUGAUCUUCAUGCGAACAUCAGUGAAGAUUUCAUACAUUGGCCAUGUGACCCAGAGAUCCUUGGAGACACAUCAUUAUGUGGAUUGUGGAGCAAAUUCCACAGCUGUUUAGCAACUGCUCUUGGUUUUUCUUUAGCAGCACCCAUAGAAGAGAGCACAGUACCUGUUUCCAAGGCCUGAGUUUCAUACCUCUGCCAGAUGGUAUAGCAGAGGAGGAAUUGAUUCUCUUAACUUCCAGCAAACAUCCUCCUGCCACUUAGAAAGAGUCUCCUUGCUAUAGUACCAGCUAUUGUCUCACAGCCAGCAGAAUCACUGCUUAGUGCCUAGCCUGUGCCCAGCAAAUAGUAGGCACUCAAUAAAGGUUUGCAGAAUGUAAUUCACAUCUUUCCACCUGUUCUUGGGGGCACUUAAAGAGAAAUUAUACCAUGGUUCUAAGUUAUCAAACCAGAUUGCCAUGGAGCUAGAGCUGUUAGUGCAGCCACAGACUAUUACCAGUGUCUCAUCUGCACAGGAGUGGCAGCAGAGAGGGACUAUCUGAAUAAAAGAAGAAAGCACAGGCCUGUUCAAUAUGUGAAUUUCUUUCAUUGGUUCCCAAAUGCAUGGGAGCUUUAAAAAAAAAAAAAAAGUAUAGGUUUCUUUUUUUUUUUAAUCUAGAAAGUGGCAAUUGUUUUUAUCAAGAUCUAUAUGGGGUUUCACUUACCCUUCAUCCACUGGCUGGAACGUGGUUUGGGGAUUUGAUAGAAAAAUAAACCCUGCUUUUGAUUUA